ACUUACUAAAAGUUUAAAAACAAUAACUAACUUACACAAGCAUAAACACUUCCAGAAUAUAUGUGUUAGCUAGAAAAGUCCCAUGUGGCAAAGGUUACUACUCUUUUUCAACUUCUUUCGUACCCUUUUCCUCUAUAUAUAUAUAUACAUUUAUACCACCCCUUCUCCCUUUCAUUAUAAUAAAUAUACUCCCAAACAAAAGCAUUAUUAUCGUUAUUAUUGAAAGCUUCUCCUCAUUACCACCAACCUCCCCUUUCUUCUUGCUUUCUUUCUUUCUUCUCCAUUAUUAAUCCUUAACUAAUUAAAACACCUCUUUUUUUCUUUCUUCAAGUCUCAAAAUCAUUAGGGUUUCCGCAAAUUAGCCCUUGAUCAUUUCGUCCCGAAGAAACUGAACUCGAUCAACCAAAAAAGAUAGAAAAAAAAAGAGAAAGAAAGAUGGGUCUCAGAGACAUUGGAGCAACGUUGCCUCCUGGGUUCAGAUUUUACCCAAGUGAUGAAGAACUGGUUUGCCACUACCUCUACAAAAAAGUUUCAAAUGGUGAAGUUUCCAAGGAUAGUUUAGUUGAAAUUGAUCUCCAUACUUGUGAACCAUGGCAACUCCCUGAGGUCGCGAAGCUGAAUGCCAACGAGUGGUAUUUCUUCAGCUUUCGCGACCGGAAGUACGCGACUGGAUUCCGGACAAACCGAGCAACCACUUCGGGAUACUGGAAGGCCACCGGAAAAGAUCGUACGGUGCGAGAUCCCAGGACCCGAUGUAUGGUUGGAAUGAGAAAGACGUUGGUUUUCUACAGGAACCGGGCGCCAAAUGGAAUCAAAACCGGCUGGAUCAUGCACGAAUUUCGUCUGGAAAAUCCCCAUAUACCACCGAAGGAAGACUGGGUUCUUUGUAGGGUAUUUCACAAAGCCAAAGCUGAUAACGGAGUUGAUCCCAACGACGUGUACGACACUCUUCGUGGCGGCUUUGGCAGUGGUGGCGGUGGUGGUGGCCGGGAAAGCGAAGGUGGCGCCGCUUCUCCCGACGGCCGGCAGAUUACUUCUUUCGGGAAUAUUCCGAACCACCAGGCCAUGAUGCCGUCGGAGCUUGACCGGAAUACUUAUCUCCAGUUGUCGCACGAGAUCAUGCACGGCGGUGCCCCGUCGUCGGUUGAUAAUAACCGAACCGGACAGUUUAAGUGCGAGGAGGAAUACGGUGGUGGAUUCUUCUUUGACGGGUUGAACUUUGGGGAAUCGGGUCUGAGAGACCCAUCAAAUCUGGUGGAAAUGCAAUUUGACGAAGAUAGCAGCUUGGUGUUCAUCUGAUGAUUAAUUAUAUUAUAUAUACAGAAGAUUUGUAGCAUAUUUAUUAUUGAUGAAUAUUAUAUUUAUCUGAGCACAUAAUAUUAUAAAAGAUAUAGUAGGAUGAAAUUGGUAUUUGAGGAUUGAUGAGAUUGAUCAGGCGCCUAGUUUGUUCAUAAUCUGGAAACGAUUCUUGCAGGAUAUUUGAUUGUUACUAGCUAUAGAAUAUAGUAGUACGUACGUACUAUACUAUAGUAGCCUAGUUUAUUAGCUAAUUAUUCUUGGGGGGGGGG